UCCGUUCCGGCACAUACUAAAGUGUGGACACAAAUGUGUGUUUUGCUUGUGUGGGAACAUCAAGAAUUCAACUUUUCUUGACAUUCUUGUGGUAUGUGUCUCACAUUGUUGAAAAUGAGAAUGCAAUAGUCCAUGAGUUCAAACCAUUAGUCUUUCAAGCUACACUAAAAGUUAUUUUGAAGGUAUAAUACAUACAUAAAUUUCUAUGCCCUCCAAAUUUGAGUAUACGCGUCCUACAUGACAAAUCUCACACGCACACCUAACCUUGUGAAAACAUUGCAUUCUAUCGAAUCUGCGUAUUCCUGGUUGGAUCUGCCACUAAUUAAAUUUGCAAAUUGCCUUCUUCUUUUUCCCAAUUAUAUCUCCAUACAAAUUGAAUUACUUUAUAUCAAUCUUUCUACAUAGAGAUUCCUCGUAAAUUUUAUCACUCCACGUUAUACAGUUUAAACAUGUUCGACACUUUUUGUGUUCAAACAUUGAAUCUGUAUAUGUUGGACAAGUCCAGAUCAAUCAUCAAAUUUAGAUCCAAUAUUUGUGUGCACAAGCUAACUAGCCAUCAACAGAUGGACGUCCAUUUACCACAGUUUUCCACUAUGAUUAGUGAAUACAAUCGAGGAGCAGCAGGUGCCUUACUGGUUUACGACAUUCCUCGCCAUGUAACAUUUGAAAAUGUAGCAAGAUGGCUCAAAGAAUUGAGAGACCACACAGACCAAAACAUUGUUGUAAUGAUCGUGGGGAAUAAGUCGGAUCUCCGCCAACUCAGAGCUGUCCCCACGGGCGAAUCAAGUGGUUUUGCAGAAAGAGAGAGCACUUUCUUCAUGGAAACAUCUGCACUUGAGGCACUCAAUGUAGAAAACUCCUUCACAGAGGUACUCACUCAGAUUUAUCAAGUGGUUAGUCGAAAAUCACUUGAUAUAGGAGAUGAUCCAGCAUCUGUAGCAUGAGGACAAACAAGCAACAUUGGGAAAGAUGAUGCAUCUGCUGUUAAGAAAGCUGGAUGUUGUUCUUGUUAAGCAAAAGGAUCAAUCCAGAGGUGUAUCCAGAAUCUAGUGUCAACGUGUUCAGAAUGAGUACGAUCCUUUUUUCCAUAUACACAAAGUUGAACUCUCCCUAGAUCUGCCUCUGGAUGCAAGUAUAUAUAUAUACACACACACAAUAAAUCCCGUUUUCAACAAAUGAAAGUUAGACAAAAGAACUAAUAGUGCAGUAUAUUGUGGAGGAAACUAAAGGGGGAUGGAAAUACAUUUAGCUUAAAAGUUUACUUGUGUUAUAUUUUUCGUG